AUGUAUGGGAUAAAUUUUUCAUCAUUUUCUCUAGUCCCAACAGAUAACCUAACCAAGCCCAUGCACAGAGGUAACAUUACAAUUAAUCAAAUAACUAAUAAAUUAUGAUCAAUUUAAAAUAGUGGAAUAAUCGACACUACUUUAGUAAAAUAAUAUUCGCACAGCCCUUACAGCUAUAUAGGUACUUUUUAAACAUUUUCGAAUUUUUUGCCAGUUAGUAAAACCGAUUUCUUAUUCGCUGGUAGGUAAACUAUCAAGUACCAACACAAUAAUUCAAAUACUUCAAGCUUCACAUACCGUGAACCAAAAACUAAACAAUAAAUACAACGUUCCUUUCUGCAAUGAAAAACUAAAAUUAAAUUACAUUUAUUUGUCCAGUGACUGUAAAGAAUAAAGACGAAGAUUAUGAACAAUAUGUUAAUGAAAUAUUGGAACAUUGUAAGUAUUUAAAAUAUAUAUUUGUGUUCUUUGAUAUUUCAAAAAGUAUGUAAACAAUGAAAUAUUCAAAAUAUUUUAUGGAUAUAGAACUAUUUUAUACUACGCGUUUCCAAUUUAUAUCUAUUAUAUUAUCAUAUGUAUACAAUUAUAAGCAUUUGUGAACAUAAGUGAUACAUACGACUUAAAUAUAUAUAAUAUACUUAUUGGCAAGUUAUAGCAUAUUUUGUGUUUAAUUUAAAAAAGGCGUCCUAGUAUAACGGAGACGGAAGCAGCCACUUUUAUAGAUAAUUUAAUGUAUACCUGAAAGCAACGAUAAACCAUUGCUUACGGAAAAACGAUUCUGAGCGGAGUUCAGUUGAUAGUGAUGCUUUGUCAACAAUAUAUAUGCCAUAUUAUUUUAAAAUAAUUAUGGUCUCUAUAUAUUUUCUUUAAUAUUUGUUUUAAGUUAUACCGAUUUCUCCGGUUUCCCUACGUUUUUCUGGUUUUCCCAUGUUUUUUCCCAGUUUUUCACAUUUGCUAAAAAAAUUCAGGAGAACAUCGAUAAACGAUCUCUCUAAAGUACCUCUACAGUGAAAUUUUCUUUUAGAAAAAUUGUUAUCAUUAUAAGUUAAAAUAAAAUUGCUGGUAUAAAAGUUGUCCACAGGAAAAAAGAAGGCCAUAAUAUUUUUAGCUAAUACCUAAAUUUCUUAUAUUUUCCCGAUUUUUCUCAACUAUUGAGAAAAUCGAAAAAUGGCCUCUCUAAGGUACCUCCUCACACCGAUUUCCUUUCAGAAAAGGUGUUACACUUAAAAAUUGGAGCAAGUCCUCUGGUAGAAAACUUACUCACAGAAAAAAAAAACAUCAUCUUUUUAAAACCAUAAGCUUCACUCAGAAUCUAAAAUACAAAUGUAUAUUGUAAAUUUCAAACAUAUAUUCUCCCUAUAUUUAGCAUACAUACCAUUGAGCAGAGAUUUAUGGGAGAAAGAAUGGACCAACCAACCCAAAGGACAUGAACCUUGUACAAGUAAAUAAUACAUUUUUAAGUAAUAUUAUUUAACAUUCUAAUUUUAACUUUUACUAAUACUAUGAUCUAAUUGUAGUCUUAGUUUUCCUUUGAGUGAACAAUAUACAAAAAUACAAUGUAGGUUGUAUAUUUGUACACGCAUAUUACUUCUAGUUGUAAAAUGUAAAAAUAUUAUUUAUCUAAACCAGAUAAUAUAAUACAAUAAAAUAAAUACAAAUAUUAAAGUUUUUUGGUUUAUAGACGAGAAUCCACUAGUGCAAUGA